AUGGCUCCAGCGAGUAAUUGGUUAUCCUUCUCUUUAAUGUCUCCCAUGGAAAUUCUCAGGUCCUCUGAGUCUGAAUCUCCCUUUGUUCCCUAUGACACAUCCUCCACCGCCUCUCCUCACUACUUCCUUGAUAACUUCUAUGCCAACGGCUGGACGAACCCCAAGUCCCAAGGGUUUUUUGCAGACGGUGAAGAUCACAACAACCAGAGCAAACAAGGCCACGCCGAUUCACCCAAUCUCACCAGCUUCAUCGACCCACAGAGCCAUCACCAACCUAUUCCAAAGCUGGAGGACUUUCUAGGCGAUUCUUCAUCCAUGGUGCGCUAUUCCGAUAGCCAAACAGAGACCCAAGACUCCUCGUCCCUGACCCACAUGUACGACCAGAGCUCGGCCUAUUUUGGCGACCAUCAGCAGCAGCAAGAUCUCAAGGCGAUUACUGGGUUUCAGGCCUUUUCGACGAACUCGGGCUCGGAAGUGGAGGACUCGGCGACCAUGGCCCGGACGACUCAGCUCGCUGGCGGCGAAUUCACGGGUCAUUCUAUUGAGUCGAACGGGAACGAGUUGGGAGGCGGGUUCUCUAGCUGUGGCACAAAUGCUCUGUCGCUUGGGGUCACCACCCAGAGCUCUUCUCAGUCUAAAGCCAUUGUUCCCGCGGACAGCGACGGCUCUAAGAAGAUCGCUGAUACUUUUGGCCAGAGGACUUCAAUUUACAGAGGGGUCACUAGACACCGGUGGACGGGUAGAUAUGAAGCGCAUCUAUGGGAUAACAGCUGUAGAAGAGAGGGUCAGGCCAGGAAAGGGCGUCAAGUUUACUUGGGUGGAUAUGACAAGGAAGAUAAGGCAGCAAGGGCUUAUGAUUUGGCUGCUCUGAAAUACUGGGGUCCUACUGCAACUACCAACUUUCCAGUUUCGACUUACAGCAGAGAACUGGAAGAUAUGAAACAUGUAACCAAGCAAGAAUUCAUUGCGUCGCUCAGAAGGAAAAGCAGUGGUUUUUCGAGGGGAGCUUCUAUUUACCGGGGGGUUACAAGGCAUCAUCAACAAGGCCGAUGGCAAGCAAGGAUAGGCCGUGUUGCCGGGAACAAAGACCUAUACCUUGGGACAUUUGCCACUGAAGAGGAAGCAGCAGAGGCAUAUGACAUAGCGGCCAUAAAGUUCAGGGGUAUUAAUGCAGUUACAAAUUUUGAGAUGAAUCGAUAUGAUGUUGAAGCUAUUGGCAAGAGUUCUCUUCCUGUCGGUGGGGCAGCGAAGCGCUUAAAGCUCUCACUCGAAGCUGAAGAGCAGAAACCAUCUGUAAACCAUGAUCAGCAGCGUCCUCAAUGCAGCAGCGGCAGCAACAACAUCAAUUUUACUUCGAUGCAGCCAGCAGUUCAAUCGAUACCGUGUGGGAUUCCUUAUGAUGCUGCAGCUGCAACAGCAUAUUAUCAUCACAACCUCUUCCAGCAAUUUCAACCGAACUACUAUGGCGCUUGUGAUUCAUCCGGAUUAACCCCUAGCAUUGCAACUCAGAUGAGCAUGAUGCCGCAGCAGCCAGCUGAGUUUUAUAUUUGGCCUCACCACCAAUCCAAUUGA